AUGGGAUCACGAGAUAAGAUAAGGAACGACGGAGGAGAAUUAUUGCUCAUUCUAUAUCCUGUGAUCACGCAGAAUCAGCAAGUGAAGAUGGCGUUCGAUAAAAUUAAGGUCACCAAUCCCAUCGUUGAAAUGGACGGAGAUGAAAUGACUAGAGUUUUUUGGAAAUCAAUCAAGGACAAGCUUAUUUUCCCAUUUUUGGAGUUGGAUAUCAAGUAUUUUGAUCUUGGCCUGCCUAAUCGUGAUGCUACAGAUGAUAGAAUUACCAUAGAAAGUGCUGAGGCUACUCUCAAAUAUAAUGUGGCAAUUAAGUGUGCAACAAUAACUCCAGAUGAAGGUCGCGUUAAGGAGUUUAACUUGAAAAAUAUGUGGAGGAGUCCAAAUGGGACAAUUCGCAACAUUUUAAACGGUACAGUUUUUAGAGAACCAAUCAUCUGCAAAAACAUUCCAAGGCUUGUUUCAGGUUGGACCAAGCCAAUCUGCAUAGGAAGGCAUGCCUUUGGCGACCAGUACCGAGCAACUGAUGUAGUUAUACAAGGACCUGGCAAACUAAAGCUGGUAUUUGAACCUGAUGGACACAAUGAAAAGAAAGAGUUUGAGGUUUUCAAUUUCAAAGGAGCUGGAGGUGUAGCUCUGUCCAUGUAUAACACUGAUGAGUCCAUCCGUGCUUUUGCUGAAGCUUCGAUGAACACUGCUUACCUGAAAAAGUGGCCACUUUAUCUUAGCACAAAAAAUACCAUUCUUAAAAAAUAUGAUGGAAGAUUCAAGGACAUAUUCCAGGAAGUUUAUGAAAUUCAAUGGAAAUCCAAGUUUGAGACUGCAGGAAUUUGGUAUGAACAUCGUCUCAUCGAUGAUAUGGUUGCUUAUGCUCUCAAAAGUGAAGGAGGUUAUGUGUGGGCAUGCAAAAAUUAUGAUGGAGAUGUGCAGAGUGAUUUCUUAGCCCAAGGAUUUGGAUCUCUUGGGUUGAUGACUUCAGUUUUGGUGUGCCCAGAUGGGAAAACAAUCGAAGCUGAAGCAGCCCAUGGCACAGUUACUCGCCAUUAUCGGGUUCAUCAGAAAGGAGGUGAAACUAGCACCAACAGCAUAGCAUCAAUUUUUGCUUGGUCAAGAGGUCUUGGACACAGGGCAAAGUUGGAUGGCAAUGUCAGACUAUUGGAUUUUACUGCAAAACUAGAAGCAUCCUGCAUUGGAGCUGUUGAAUCAGGGAAGAUGACCAAGGAUCUUGCACUUCUUAUUCAUGGACCCAGGGUUAGUAGGGCUCAGUAUCUGAGUACAGAAGAGUUCAUUGAUGCUGUAGCUGAGGAGCUGAGGUCAAGACUGUCAGUCAAAGCAAAGUUGUAA